UUAACAGCAGACCUGAGGUCAGCAAAGCGGUUAUUCAUCCUGCCAACCGAAAAACGAGAGCGCACACGAUGGCUGAUGAACAGCGCUUUGUGUUCAGUGCCCGCAUCAUUGGUGGUGUUCACAGGGACGCACCGAAACUCAAGAUGUUUAUGCUCUCUGUGUUGUGGUCUGACCAGAAUGAAAUUAUCAUCUACAGAUCCUUCCAGGAUUUCAAGAAAUUUCAUAAACAGCUGAAAAGGAGAUUCCCUCAUAUGAAUCCUUUUCGGAAAGAUGACAGAAUGAUCCCAAAGUUCUCAGGGAAGGCCAGGAGGAGCAGCAUGCAACAGAAAGGCUCCAAGAAGUCAGUCCGACAGAUGAAGUUCUUGGAGAGCUACCUCGACAAACUGCUGAAGUGUGAUCAAACGGUGACUCGGAGCACAGAGGUCACCCGCUUCUUCACACCCAAAGACCACGACCUGCAGCCGGACUACACCAAGAACAGCAUCAUGAUCCUGCUUUCUGAUGAUCUGCCUGAUGGCUCAGGCGGAGGAGGAGGUGCUGCCCACCUCCACCACGCGGGCAGUAUCACUCACCCUUUUGUCACCCAGACGUACUGCUGCGUGGCUGCCUACGAAACAAAGGACACCAAGAAUCGUCCAUUCAAGGUGGAUAAGGACGAGAAGUUGGAUGUCCUUAUCAAAGACCCUGCAGGUUGGUGGCUGGUGGAGAAUGAAGAUAAGCGCCUGGCUUGGUUUCCAGCUCCGUACCUGGAGCUGUCAGAAGGAGACGACGACGAUGAUGAACUUCAGCUGAGAGGUGCACUGUACUGUGCCGUGAGAAGUUACUCGACCAAGAAGGCUGACGAGAUUUCUGUACCCAUUGGCUCUGUGGUUGAGGUGCUGAGGAAGUCUGACAAUGGCUGGUGGCUAAUCAGAUUCAAUGGCAGGGUAGGUUACAUCCCAACCAUGUACUUGCAGCCAUACAACAACCCUAGGGCAGGCCUUUACGGGCUAAACAACAGGCUGCAUAGCUCCUCUCUGAAUCUUGCUACAACCAGCAGGACACCUCAGGCUCCUUAUCCUCACGGCAUCAAUGAAGAAGAGAGCCUGCAUGAGGAAUCUGCCAGUCCCUCCAGACAUGAGCCAAAUGUUCCUGCGUAUCUCCACAAGGCUCAAUCUCUGGCUGUCCUGUCCGAGCCCUGGCCGCAGGCUCAAAGAAACAGAGAGAGGGCCACGGCCUCAGACAGCCGCACAAGCAGCAUGAGCAAAACCAGCUCUGAGUCCAUCUUCUCUGAGUUCUCCUCAAGCAGCGGGUCAUCCUCGAGUUUGAAGGAGGAAACGCAGAGCCACGCAGGCCAUCCUGAAGCCUCGCAGCAGCCUGACAGUUUGAGGAGCAGCCCUGAUCUCAGCCCCUCAGAUGGCAGCAGCUUCAAUACUGGCUCGGAGAGUUCUGGAUCUGUCAGAUCCAAAGGCAGUGAGACGGCCUCAGUCACACCCAGGGUACCUCCGAGACCCAAGACUGAAGAGAUCCUGUCCCGCUGCACCACCAUGACGCGCAAGGCAGCCAUGGCCACCAAAGCUCGUCUUCAGAUUCAACCAGAGUCCAUUCAGAGCCGCUAAGAAAAUUAGGGUGCCAGUACUAUACAUUAUAAAUCCUUGCUUAAUGUUUUGGUUGCUUUCUUCUUGUAUGAAAGAAUAAAGGGGCGGCAGCUUCGACGAGGCAAUAGCAGGAUAAAUUUCAUAAAGCGAUGUCAAGAUAUUUUCUCAUUUUAUCAAAUGGAGCCUGGCAUCUUAAGUUUGAAUAUUCUACUAAGUAUAAGAUUAAUGUAGCUUCAGUGAAGCAUUAAAAGGAGCAGCGUAUAAGUAUGUGACCUAUAAUCACAAACAAAAUUUAAAAACAUAUAUUAUUUACAGUUUUUAAUCCCAUUUUCAUCUUUAUGUCUGUUGUAACAUGUAGAAAUCAGUACUCGGUGGUGGGUUCUAAACUAUCAGCAAGAUUGUGACUAAAUCAUUAAAUUAUUCUGUACCUUUCCUAAUUAUUUACUGCAGUACUUUUGCUUGUGAACAUAUUUUACAAACUAAUACAUGUGGUUUAUAAAUAGUUUCUUCUGAUACAAAUGAGCUUAUGAUCUCCAACAGGUCGGUCUGUUAUGAAGCUGCAAACGGGAACAGCAGCAGAAAGAGCAGUACAUCAGUGAACAGGCUGAAUACCAGUACAAUGGCCUUUUGAUUAACUGCACUGAAAUCUGAUGGGUGUGAUGAACCUGUUGUAGGGAAAGAGAAAGGAGUGGCUUAUGGGUCUCCUGCCAUUAUAUGUUGUACUUUUUGUUUAAAUAAGUUGACUGACUCUUGUAUGAAUACGGUAAAUGGUAACUGGACUGGUACUUAUAUAGCACAAAUGUAC